AUGGCCUAUGGCCUGGCGAUAAACUUUCUGAAUCUGAAUAAAUCAGAAUUACGGAAAAACAAGUUAACUGUGUUAAAAUCAUCACUAAAUAGCCAGCAGACACUGUUGACAAUGUUCAGUAAGGAAGCCGAUACAACGACUGAAGCUAGUUUUGUUAUAUCAGGGAAUAUUGCUCGUGCUAAAUGCCGAUAUUCUGAUGGCGAAUUUGUUAAGAAUAUAGCUGAAGUUGUUGCAGUGUUAGAUCCAAAUAACACAAAACUUCAGCGACUAAUAGCACAAACACCAGCUUCAUGCCACGCUACAGAGAGGCGUAUCUCCCAGAUCAGUGCUGAUGUUGCAGGCAAAAUGCAAAAUGAUUUAAAGAAUUCCCUUGCAUUCCGCUUUGCUCUUGACGAAUCUACAGACAUACAAGACAACCCACAACUGGCGGUAUUUGUUUGUUAUGUUUCCUUUGAUGUAACUGUGAAAGAAGAGAUGUUGGAUCUAGUGGCACUAAAAGAAACAACUCGUGGUGUUGACAUUAAAAAUGCACUUGACAGAGCCUUAACAAAUGCUGAUAUUCCACUGGAUAAACUCAUCAGUGUUGCAACAGAUGGAGCCCCUGCAAUGGUGGGGAAAAAUGCAGGAUUAAUUGCACUUAUGAAAAAUGAUCCCAGCUUUCCAGAGUUUCUCCCUGUUCAUUGCAUUAUUCAUCAUGAACACCUGGCAGCCAGAUACUUCAAGUAUGAAAAUGUUAUGAAAUCUAUUCUUGAAAUUGUCAAUUUCAUAUGCUUAAAUGGGAAGAGCCACCGACAGUUCAAAAAUUUUAUGGACGAACUGGAGCUUGAAGAUAAACCCAGUGAUGUCUCUUUCUACUGCAUUGUGAGGUGGCUGUCAACCAGCAAUGUCUUAAAUAGGUUUGUGGAUCUGUUGGAGCCUAUUAUUACUUUUCUUGAAGAAAAGAAAAUAUUCUAUCCUGAACUGGAAAAUGAUGAAUGGAUGCAAGAUCUAAUGUUCCUUACUGAUAUAAUGAAUCAUCUACAAACUCUCAACUUGCCACUCCAGGGGAAGGAUAAGAUUGUUUCUGAUCUUACUCAGACAAUUUUCAGCUUUCAGAAUGAAAUAAGAGUUUUUCAAAGAGACAUAUUGUCAAGAAACUUCAGUUACUUUCCCAAUCUCAAAAGGAGAGUAAAUACAUUCCCUGAUAUUGAAAUAAAAGACCACAAACUGGAAGAAUACGAAGAUAAAUUACAAGGACUGCUUGAUAAUUUCCUAGACAGGUUUGAGGACUUGCAGAAGCUGAAGCCCUGCUUCGCCUUUCUUGUAAAUCCAUUCAUGGUUGAUGUGAUCAAUGAUGGUUGUCCAACUGGAAGCAAGUUUCAGAAAUAA